AUGCCCGCGGACUAUGAGUCCACGGCACGGGCAUUGGCACUCUCUGACUCGCCCCCUGAUCCUCUCCUCGAAUCCCCCAACAGCGAUGAUGAACACAACCAAGCGCCCUGGGCCAGACGCGAUUCGUCCGCCCGCUGGUCCAACAACAACCAGGCCACCAACUUUCGGGACCGCACAAUCAACCGCGCCAAAGCCGCCUAUAGCAUGGCCAAGGAACGCUGGGAGACCAUGACCCUCUGGCAAAAAAUUGGUUUCUACGCAGCCUCCUUUGGAGUCGGUGCACUGGGUAUUGGUUUCAUGAUCUUGACCGGCAAGCUCUUCGGCUGGCUGGGACCCGUCGCCCACAAGUGGGAGCAUUCUUUCCUGGUCGCAUUUGUCCUAUGGCUCUGCGUCUUUUUCGUCUCCUUCCCUCCAUUGCUGGGUUGGUCGACGUUUGGAACGGUGGCGGGAUUUAUCUUCGGUCUGUGGAAAGGAUGGAUUAUUUACACUACCGCAACCGUUCUCGGUUCCACGGCCUCAUUCUAUGUAUCGCGUACUGUGCUCUCGGGAUUUGUGAACCGUCUCAUGGAACGUGACAAGCGAUUUGCCGCCUUAUCGCUAACCUUGAAGUAUGACGGCCUGAAGCUUCUUUGCAUGAUUCGUCUGUGUCCGCUGCCUUACUCGAUUUGCAACGGAGCUAUUUCUACAGUUCCAACUGUCCAGCCUUUGAUGUAUGGACUGGCCACUGCGAUCAUUUCUCCAAAGUUGCUUGUGCCUGCGUUUGUGGGGAGUCGCCUACGACUUCUCUCCGAGAAGGGUGAGGAAAUGAGCACAGGCUCCAAGGCCGUAAAUAUCAUCAGCAUUCUUGUCACGGUGUCUGUUGGAAUUUUCACUGGAUACUAUAUCUACAACAGGACAUUGGCCCGUGCGAAAGAACUCGAGGAGAAAGAGCGCGCCGAGAUCAGAGGAUCUCUUCAGUCCGAUCAUGCCGCCAAUCGUCCGCAUGGCAGAUUCUCCGACGACGAUGACGCCAAUGAGGCUGCAACAAUGCUGGCUCGGGACGAAGAGGAGGGCAUUGGGUUUGAGCAUGACGACGACCGUGUUGACCUCGCACUCGGGGAUGACAGUGACAGUGAUGGUGACCGAUCAAGGCGGUGGAAGAAGAAGGCCAACCGACGGUCUUACCAUGAUGAGUUUACGGAUAAUGACUCGGACGAGUAUGUGGGUGAUGCCAGUGAGACGUACGGGCUGCAUAGCCACGUUGGGCGGCAGGCCUGA